AUUUUGGAGACUUUCCGUGGCAUUUCUACUGUUACGACUUUUAUCUCACUAGUCAUGGGCUAAUCCUCUUCCCAGUAACGUUCAAGGCUCUUUGCCCACAAUCAGCAGCAACAUGUCGACAGCACCAAGGUUCCGUAAGGUGCAAACCUUCGAGACCGACUAUGCCCCGACGACAAUCACCCAAUACGUCUCAGAGCGUACUGGCAUGCAGGUCAUUGUGGCAGAUCGCAAGGGUCCGAAAAUCAACGGUUACUUUACCCUCGCUACCGAAAUCUUUGACGACUCCGGUGCCCCUCACACUCUGGAGCAUCUGGUCUUCAUGGGCUCCAAGAACUACCAAUACAAGGGUCUCUUGGACAAGCUAGCUGGACGUGCCUACUCUGGUACAAAUGCAUGGACUGCCGUUGACCAUACCGCUUAUACGCUUGAGACGGCUGGUUGGGACGGCUUCGCUCAGAUUCUACCCGUCUAUCUAGAGCACGUCAUUCUUCCUACUCUCACCGACGAUGGAUGCGUGACCGAAGUUCACCAUAUCGACGGCGAGGGCAACGAUGCGGGUGUGGUGUACUCCGAGAUGCAGGCUAUCCAGUACUCGAGCCAGGAGCUUAUGGACUUGCGUGCCCGUCGGUUGCUGUACCCCGAAAAUGUCGGAUUCCGCUACGAGACCGGCGGUAUGAUGGAUGCCCUCAGAGUGUUGACCCCAGACCGCAUCCGCGAGUUCCACAAGGCCAUGUAUCAACCUCAAAACCUGGCUGUCAUCAUUGUCGGCGAGGCGAACCAUGAGAAUCUUUUGGAUAUCUUGGAUAAGUUUGAGGAGAGCAUCAAGGACGACAUCCCCCCUCCUGACCCCAACUUCAAGCGCCCAUUUGUCGACUCUCCUCAACCGCCUCCCCUGAAGGAAACAGUUGUCGAGACUGUUGAGUUUCCUGAGGAGGAUGAGUCUACUGGCGAGAUCGUGAUGGCCUUCUUCGGUCCCAGCUGCGUUGACCAGUUGCAAGCAACGGCUCUCAACAUCUUGUUGACAUACCUCUGUGGCUCCUCCGUGUCUGUGAUCGAAAACACCAUUGUUGAGAAGGAGGAAUUGGCCAGCUCAGUGUCCUUCUGGUGGGAUACUCGCCCCAACUCCGUUAUCUGGUUCCAGCCAACCGGUGUCGCUACCGAGAAGCUCGCCUUUGUCGAGGAGCGCCUUAUUUCGCUUCUGAAGGAGGUUGCAUCCAAGCCACUCGAUAUGGGGUACAUGAAGGAGUGCAUCUCGCGCGAGUUGCGUCAGAUCAAGUACCAUGCUGAAGGUUCGGAACAGUUCUACUCCAGCAAUAUCAUCACCGACUACUUGUUUGGAAAGCGUGACGGCUCUACCCUGAGGGAACUUCAGACUUUGGGCGAGUACGAUGUCCUUGCUGGCUGGGAGGAGGAGCAGUGGCGUGACUUCCUCAAGAAGUGGAUUUCAGACGCACCUCACGUGUCCAUCCUGGGGAAGCCCUCUAUGGAACUCGCCAAGAAGCUCAAGAAGACAGAGAAGGAGCGUCUCGCCAAGAGGAGAGAAGAGUUGGGAGAGGAGGGCCUAAAGAAGCUGAAGGAGAAGGUUAAGAAGGCUAAGCAAAACAACGAGAAGCCUAUCCCUCCUGAGGUGCUCGAUCAGUGGCCGGUUCCUGACACAUCGUCCAUCCACUUCAUUGAGUCGUUGACAGCAAGAAGCGGCAAGGCCCGCAGCCUCGGAACUACCGAUAAAUCGGCCCAGAAGAUCAUUGAUGCGGCACCCCAAGGCGCUAAGCCUCUAUUUCUCCAGUUUGAGGACGUUCCUACCAACUUUGUACACCUUACUUUGCACGUCGGAACAUCGGCGACGCCCAACAGGCUCAAGCCUCUCCUCCCUCUGUUCGCAGACAACUUCUUCAACUCGCCGGUCAUGCGCGAUGGCAAACGCAUGGAGUUUGAAGAUGUUGUUAAGCAACUCGAGAAGGACACCAUCAGCUACCACCUGAACAGUGCUUCGCGCAUUGGUGAUAACGAAGGUAUGGCUCUGCAGUUCCAGGUGGAUCUCGACAAGUACACCACUAUGAUCAGCUGGCUUCGCACACUGAUGUUUGACAUCGUCUUCGAUCCCGUCCGUCUCAAGGCCGCUGUUGUCAAAGCCCUUGCCGAUAUUCCCGAGGCGAAAAGAGACGGCAGAGUCAUGUCUCGCGAAGUCGAUCAGUCCAUCCAUCUACUGCCGGAGUCUUACUCUGUCGCUAAGCGGACGCUCGUCAAGGCGGUUUACUACCGUCGCCUGAAGAAACUUCUCGAGAAGGAACCCGAGACCGUCGUCUCCUGGUUCGAGGAACUGCGCCGUAGUCUUUUCACCUUCGAGAACCUCCGCGUCCUUGUCAACGCCCACGUUGAGAAGCUCCCCAACCCCAUUGCGGCCUGGGACAGCUUCACCGAGAUCCCCGACCUCGACACCUCCAAGGAUCUCCUACCCGUCAUCCGCCCGCACCAGAUGCUGAGCGACGAGGGCAAGGCUCCCGGCUCCUUCGGCAGCGUCGUCAUCCCCAUGACCACGCUUGACUCCUCCUUCAGCGUCAGCACCGCCAGCGGCAUCAAGUCCUACUCCGAUCCCCGCUUGCCCGCCUACCUCGUCGCCCUCUCCUACCUCGAGACCACCGAGGGUCCCUUGUGGAACGCCGUCCGCGGCAACGGUCUCGCCUACGGCGUCCACUUUGGCCGCGAGUCCGACUCGGGCUACAUCCAGUUCCACGUGUACCGGUCGCCCGAUGCCAGCAAGGCCAUCGAGGCCAGCAGGAACACGGUGGCCAAGAUCGCUUCCGGUGAGGAGCCGCUGGACAAGCAUCUGGUCGAGGGCGCCAUCAGCGGUCUGGUGCUGGCUGUCGCGGACGAGCAGGCUACCAUGACGGCGGCGGCGCAGCAGAACUUUGUGAGCAACGUCAUCCGCGGUCAGGAGCCCGGUUGGAACAAGAAGCUUCUGGCGCGCAUUCGCGAGGUGACGGGCGAUCAGAUUCGCGAGGCUUUGAGGGAGCUUGUCUUGCCCGUCUUUGAGCCGGGCAAGAGUAACGUUGUUGUUACUUGUGCUCCUAUUAUGGAAGAGAACAUGGUCAAGAAUCUUGAGGCCAUCGGGUACAAGACCCAAGUCCAGCCUCUUACGCACUUCUACGAUGACUACGGCUUGAAGGCUGACGAGGACGAGGAGGAUGAAGAGGAAGAGGAGGAUGAGGAUGAUGAUGAUCAUCAUCACCAUCACGGCUGCGGAAGCGAGUGCGAGAGCGAGUGCGGAAGCGAAUGUGACUCGGAUGAGGAAAUGUCGGACUAAGAUGUCUUGACCUGUGUCAUCUGAUAAACUACCAUCUUUCUGUGGAGACCACAAAUACUCUACUAGAAUAAUUGAACAUUGUUAGAAACGUUGGUAAGGGCUGGGCGAGGCGUAGGUGAUUGAGGCUAAGCGUGAACUAAGCGUAAGUUUGAUGGCCCCAGUGAAG